GAUGAGUGUUAACACUUUCGAGUCCCGACAGAGUCAGAAACCACACAAACCGGAACCACUCUGUCACUCAUCAGCGUCCCUUUGUUUCUUGAAAAUUCAAUGGCCAUGGCAGCACCUCCGCCUCGUGUCCCCCAAGUCCCUCAAAACGUAUUCCCUCCGUCCACUAAAUCUCACUCGUUUUCUCUCUCACAACUGUCUAUCCAACCCGUACGCACGAAAACAAUAGUUGCUAGGCACUCUGUGUCGGCCGCCACAACCAGCGCGUUGGAAGGCGGGCAGGCUCCACUCUCCGCCACGUCCGCCAAAGUCUUGCCCUUCCGGGUCGGGCACGGGUUCGAUCUCCACCGGUUGGAGCCCGGGUACCCACUGAUCAUCGGUGGGAUUAACAUACCCCACGACAGAGGCUGUGAGGCUCAUUCUGAUGGGGAUGUCUUGCUGCAUUGUGUGGUUGAUGCUAUUUUGGGUGCUUUGGGGCUUCCUGAUAUCGGGCAGAUAUUCCCAGACAACGAUCCUAAGUGGAAGGGGGCACCAUCCUCAGUUUUCAUCAAGGAAGCUGUCAGACUCAUGCAAGAGACUGGCUAUGAGCUUGGAAACUUAGAUGCCACUUUAAUUCUUCAAAGACCAAAAGUGAGCCCGCACAAGGAGGCAAUCAAGGCAAACUUGUCUGCACUGCUUGGAGCAGACCCUUCUGUUGUAAAUCUGAAAGCAAAAACUCAUGAGAAUGUUGACAGCCUUGGAGAGAAUAGGAGUAUUGCAGCUCAUACUGUGGUUCUUCUAAUGAGGCGAUAAAAAUUGGCCAAAAGAUAGUGUCUCAAAUGUAAGAAUUGUGCCUGAUUAUUAUUGUUGAAUACUGCUUACACAUCCCAUGGAUUGUUUGCCAAAACUAACAUAAUUGGUUGGAAUAGAAAAUUUGUGGUGUUAUUAGCAU